GCCAUGUACACAGAGGAGAAGAAGAAGAGAGGAGUGACAGCUGAAGUGAACCGCUCCCCCAGCAGCAGCGGCGAUUGCCGUCAGUUCACUGAGUGAAACGGAGACGUUACCGGGCAGGAGGUCGAUGGACACGGAGCAGAAUCGUCCACGGGAGACACGUUUUUUUUUUACAACUUUGAUCCGACUUGCUGACGCUGGAUCAGUGGCUGCUGGUCCGAGCCAUGUUCUCGUUGGUGGCAAACUGAGUGAACGCUGUUGCUUCGAGUUUAGCAUAGGUACCGUUAACGUUAGCUUCAGCGUUAGUUAUUAGCUCUGUGUACUCAGUGUCUAUGGUGGCAUCGAGCAGCCCGCCGCUGUAGACUGUCACGGUAUCCAAACGCCAGGUGGUCGGGUGUUCGGUAAAGAUGGAUGACAUCGACCCAUCGACCUCUCACGCAUUUCAGUCGGAGGGUUUCAGUCCGCCAUUCAGACGGAGGAGGACAGUGGAGGAUUUUAACAAGUUUUGCACUUUUGUCCUGGCCUACGCCGGUUACAUCCCAUACCCCCAAGAGGACUCUCCACUGCGUAGUAGUUCCAGCCCCCCCAACAGUACAGGCAGCACAGCUGACAGUGAUGGCUGGACCUCAGGACCUCCGGCCUCAUGCCCACAGCGCCCUCCAAAGGUCCCACAGGACAGGAGCAGGAAACGUCCACAAUCAGGAGCCACACUGUCCAGUCACAUCAAGAGAGAUCAAACAAUCACCACCCUCCAUCCAGACGAUCGCAGGAAAUCCGACAAGCUGAAGAAGAGGAGGAGAAAGGAGAGGGAGCAUCAGGUCGGCGAGGUCGAUGAGACUCAGCAGGAGAUCUCGCCAGUACCAGAGAUGCAGUUCCCUGUGUCCUUCGGUGGCCGAAUGAUCAAAGAAGAGCCUGAAGAUGAUAUCAGUAUUCCCAUCCACCCCCAGCAUCUGCCUAGCCCGUCCACCUGCAAGGAGGAGCCCAAAGAGGAGCACAGUAACUGGGGCGGUCGAGACAUCGAAGAAGGAGUGGUGAAGGUACAGAAGGUGGAGGGCCUAGCAGGAAGCAGAACGGUGUUCCGACAGGGGAAACAGGUGGUGUUCAGAGACGAAGAUGGGUCAGGAGAGGAUGAGGACAUCAUGGUAGAUUCAGAUGACGACUCGUGGGACCUGGUCACAUGUUUCUGCAUGAAGCCUUUUGCGGGUCGGGCCAUGAUCGAGUGUAACAAGUGCAACACCUGGAUCCACCUUUCUUGCGCCAAGAUCCGCAAGAGCCACGUGCCAGAGUCAUAUAUUUGCCAUACCUGCCAAGAGACACAUGGAGUCCCAGAUGCCCGCCGCUCCCACCGCUCCCGCGUGGGCCCACGCAAGCACCUGCAAGAUUGACCUCAAUCUGAACCAUGCACUCUUACCACUUCCUCUCCUGAUACUCUACCCUUGUUGGACUGACCCCUCCUCAGUAUCAGGCGUUGGACCCUUCCGUCUCUGUCCCUCAUGGUCAGCCAUGAACCCACAUUUUCUAUAUACACUUUUGGUGGACCUAUCCCAAAUCCUUAUUCCAUUUGAUAACAGUUGGAGUGCUAUUUUAGAUUUACCCAGGUUUGUUUCUGCUUCCCUACAGACUCUGCGUAAGGCAAUCACUGAAUAGAAGUUUUUCUGUAGAUGAUAUUAGCAUAGCAGCAAACCGCUACUGUUGGGACUUGGUGUCUCGUGAACACUGGAAAAAUUUGAACUGCCAUAUAGAGAGAAAACCCUCACAACUGCCACCCACUAUGGGGCAUGCUGGGAUCUGUGGGAAAGACUGUUUGCACUUUUUCUCACUUUUUUUCUUAGUUUUAAAUCCAUCUGACUCUUCUGUCACAGGGACAGGUAUGUCUUUCUGAUGAAAUUGGAUUUUAUUUCUCUAAGAUGCCUCUGAAAACAUUACAUAAUUAAUCGUUUAUAAACAGAAAGUAAGUUAAGCCUUGUGUUAAUUGCUUCAGAUGGUGCUAUAGUGUUAAGCUGAGGUAUAAACUAAUAGAACAAAGAUGUAUGAUACGAGACUGGAGUCUGCAUCUGCUUCAUCUGUCUGUUGUUCUGUUUUGUUAUUUAUGACACUGUGCAAAAAUAUCACAGAGGCUUUAAGCCCCUACAACUGAACUAAACGCUUGUCUCUUUUACUUCACAAGCUGUCUUCCAGCCUGGGAAUCAAGAUGUUGCUUGACUACAAGUGGAGCUUUUUCACGCUGUUCAAAUGGGGUUCUUAUGUCAUCUGAAGUUCUUUCAUAUAAAAGUAAUUUGUUAUUUCACAGUUUGAAAAGACCCAGUUAAUCCACAAGAUUCAGAUAACGGGACAGCUCUCACUAAAGGUGUCUUCUGUUGUAUGUGGUCAAUGGGAUUUCAGAACAGGGCUAGAGGGUUGUGUAGUUCAGUUAUUUAACGUUUCCUCAGUUUUCAAAUGUUUCAUGCUCAACUCAGAGACAAAUAUAUUUAUAGAAGGGAACCCCUGUGGCCGUCCUAUGAGAGUAUCAACAGAGCAAAAAGUUAUCGUAACUGGAAUAGUGGUGUUAGAGAUUCUCUCAAGUGACCAGUUGACAUUAUGCAUGCGAGUGUGUGUUUGUUUGAAUGGUUAACACUGCGAGGGUGUUGCAAGUGCUGCUAUGACUUGUCUCAACUAAGCCCUAUGGUUUGAGGUCUUUUGUAAGAUUGAGAAAUGGAUGUCAGCAGAGUACUGUGGGCAGGGUCAGUCUGUUAUGUUUGUCUCUGAAGGGUCAGAUCAGAAGAACAGACCUCAGUCUCUUACCGCCUCUUGCUAAGAUUUUCACAGCAGUAUUUAGUUACUUCCAUAUGCAGCAAUUUCGGGACACAUUUUUCCCUUGAAACUUGCUGUAAUCUGGAGGAAAGUUUUUAAGCUUUGAUAUUCAUGUGCCAUCUGCUGUUGGGCCUGUCUGUGUAGGCUACAUGUUACUGAUUAUACAAAAGCCAUACUGUAGAGUAACAGAUUUUAGACUCACAACCUUGGAUAUUAGUCCGGGAUGGGUUUUACAAUGCAGAAUCAAUGAAUUGACCAGGGAACAACUAACACACAUGACAAAUGUUUUGUUUGUAAGAUCAAGACUUUUCAUCCGUCUGCUGGUAUUUACAAAUGUAGGUCAAUUGGUUCCUACCCAGCAAUCACCCAGGUCCUGAUGUGUGUUUUUAUUUUUUAAAAGGCAUUUCAAGACCUGAAAUCAUUUGCUGUUGCUCAGGACGUUCAUGUCUUGAGGAGAACCUGAAGAUGCCGUCAGGCACAAGUUCCUAACGUUAGUCUGCGUCUUAAAGACUUCGGAUUAAAAACGUCAACAAUGCUCAUUGUGAUACAGCUCGUUUAUUCUGAUCCUGGGUUGUCCUAUCCCCUUAUUAAGAAAGCGUUGUCUGUACUGUGGUGCAAACUGUUUCUGUGAAACUAUUGUAAACUAUUGUAAAUAAAGAGUUACCAUUUUAA